UGCGUGAGUGGGGGGCUCUGCCCCGCUGCCGGCUGGAGGUUAGCCCCCCGAAAUAGCUUGCCAAAGGGCUAGUGGGUGAAGGUAGGUUGCCAGCAAACCUCGGCAUGAUGGGUGGCAGCGUGCCCAGCGGUGCCGUGGCUGUGUCAUGUCUGUCUGUCUGUCAGUAGUCUGCUGACCCGCCAGGCUCUGGAGUAGCCUAGCAUAACCCAUUAGUCAUUUUUAAAAGGUCUGCUAGUCGCUCCCCAGCAAACCAUUUCUAAAUGGAAACUCUUGUCAGGGCUGAUGAUGCGUGUCAGGGAGGGCUUUGGGGACAGGGACCAUCUUAAUCCUCCUCCCCGCUCCCCAGCAAGUGUUUUUGGAAAAAAAGCAAAGGUUUUGAACAGCUCACCUGCUCGGGGGAGAGCUUCCCAAAGCCCUCAGCCCCAGGGAGCGAUGUUGCAUUUCCUGUUUGUCUCCUGUGACAUUUGCAUUUUGCUCUUUUAGAACCACUGGGUUGCAGGGGUGCUUCGCAGAUGUCCCAUGGCCCAUCAGUGACUGUUAUGCUGGAGGAAGGUGCUCCCUGGACAGUCCUGGAGACAGAAGCGUUGUAUUUCUAGAACAGAUUGCCUUGGUACUGCGUCCCUCCAUCCUGCUGCGAUGAGUGGGAAGUCCUUGCUCUUAAAGGUCAUUCUCCUUGGGGAUGGUGGAGUUGGGAAGAGUUCCCUCAUGAACCGGUACGUCACCAACAAGUUUGACUCGCAGGCUUUCCACACCAUUGGUGUGGAGUUCUUAAACCGGGACCUGGAGGUGGAUGGACGUUUUGUGACCCUCCAGAUUUGGGACACUGCGGGACAGGAGAGAUUCAAGAGCCUGCGAACCCCCUUUUACAGGGGAGCAGACUGCUGCCUGCUGACCUUCAGCGUGGACGACCGGCAGAGCUUUGAGAACCUCAGUAACUGGCAGAAGGAGUUUGUCUAUUAUGCUGACGUGAAGGACCCUGAACACUUCCCAUUUGUGGUCCUGGGCAACAAGAUAGACAAACUUGAGAGACAAGUGAGCACAGAGGAGGCCCAGGCUUGGUGCAUGGAAAACGGUAACUAUCCGUACCUGGAGACUAGUGCCAAGGAUGACACCAAUGUGGCAGUAGCCUUUGAGGAGGCUGUGAGACAAGUGCUGGCGGUGGAGGAGCAGCUAGAGCACUGCAUGCUGGGCCACACCAUUGACCUGCACACCAGCUCCAAAUCAGGGUCCUCCUGCUGUUAGAGAGUGGCUGCUGCUUCGGGAACGUGGCUCGGAGCCGGUGGCUGGGUCGGAGUAAGCGCAGGCAGUGCUGGGGCACUCUGAGGAGAGUGGCCACAAGGACACUUAGGUGGUUUGCUCACUGGGAAGUUGCAGCCUCACCAUCUGAAUUCCAGCUGGAGUUUUCGGGCACAGAGCAUGUAUCUGCAGGAGGAAGCUGUUGAAAAGCACGCGAGUGUAGUCCUGCUUCCACCUCUGCCUGUUUUAGCAGGUUUAAAGGACUGGGUUAAAGUCCUUUAAAUUCACUAAAGACAGCGGCGAUCUGAUCUGUACCAAGAACUGCCUGUGGAACAAAGCUGAGAGCGCUCUAGACACUCUAUGAAGUAUUUUAGUCCCGAACUCAAAAAAGAAAAAUAGACCCACUAAACUCAUGACCUUACUGCCAAAGGAGAGUCUGCUCAGCAUACUGAAUGGGACCUGUUGUAGAGACUCUAGCCCGUGCGACUGUGAGAAUGCCAAAUACUAGUGUGGCUGAGGAGAUGUGUGUAUCUGUUGUUUGGGAUAAGUGUAUUCUGUCCUGAGACUGAGUUGUGCUGAGAAUUGUUAGAGCUCUGAUCUGAAGCAACACACGCAGGAGAGACGGACCUGGGUUUGAAUGUGGCAGCAUCAGUUCUUCGUAGCUGCCUAUUUCUGGUCUGUUUUUCCUCACCUCUAACUCUGUCUCAUGUGAGUGUUAUUUUGUGGAGGGAUUGUGUGCUGCUUGUUUAACAUAUGUUUCCUUGUCUCUUCUGGAGGCUCAGCACUGGAUCCCACUUCUCAUACCUUGAAGCCCUGGAUGAAAAAUACCAAUGUGGACACUCGGUGGGUCAUGUCAAAGGGUUUAGCAUUACUCAGGAGUUCAGGAACAGGAAACUUCAGCUGGUUUCUGUCACAUGUGCAGAUGAGAUGCUUUAACAGACCAGAUGGUAGGUGGGUGGGAUGUCUCCUAGGUGUGCAGGUGGCCAGGGGAGUCAUCAGUGGUCAGCUGGUGUGCGGGGCCAGUGGCCACUGUGCUUCGUUAGCUGGCGGAUCAGCAUCCUCAGUUGGUUUAGCACAGAUGUUCCCACCAGGAUGCUGCAACGUGGAAGCAUUCCCUUCAUUACCUGCUGUGUCAGGUGUGGUGCUGCUGAGCACAGUUAACUCGUGCCGUUGUCCUGGCCUUUACUCCCUAACGGGGAAUCCAGUACGUUUUAGCUGUAAUUCAUAUGACAAACUUUACUGGUAGAGGAUGUCCACUCGGUUAAGUGGCCUUUGUUUAUGGCUGCUGUGUUUGCCCCGCUGGGGAGAGCUGCACUAGUUCCACCUCUGUUCAGGGUGGGUGAAAAUGGGCAGGAGCAGGGAACCUUCUAGAAAAGGACACCAGGCUUUGCUGAUCCCAGCUCCUGCCCCCUGUUAGGUGUUAGUCCCAAGCUGUCCGUGUAGCAGAGAGAUGAGUGCUUGCCGACUGCUGUCUUUACCAUUAUAACCUCAUGUCCUGCAGCUUCCUGUGGAAACGUUUUGUCCAAAACUAUGGCUUUGCCCAUAAGCACGUAGGAACCUGCCAUGGGGAGAGCUUCCCCGAGUACAUACCUGCUACCUGCUGAGUGCGAGUCCCACUGUGAAGAGCUACUGGAUGGUAAAUUCUGUAGCUCAAAUCGAGCAGCCUCACUUACGCUGUGCUUUAGAGCAGGGCAGUCUCUGCCCUCCUGCUGACUGGUGGCAGCUGAUCCCCCGUCACCGUGCAGUCUCUGAGCCUGCAGGGUGUCUCCUCUGGGAAAACUCGGGACCAUCCUGCCCCUCUCUGCAGGGCAGCUACGUGUGGAAGGGGCAGGAGCUUUAAUGCAAAGUGCUUUAGAGGGAUCUGAUUUCUAAAUGGGGCUGAACACUCAUUCGCAGGGAUAGAUAGGGAGUGCUUGCAGUCUCUGGAAACCCAGGUCCCUUGAAGUAUAAGAGAAGGCUCUGCCUCCGUAGGUGCAACAGAUUUUUACAGGAUAUUCAAGUUACUGUUUAUUUACCAAUGUCUGAUGUCCCUAGGCUUCUAGAGUUUUCUUCAGUUUAACCCUGCUUAAUAUCUCCUUCAAGUUCUGGGCUCCCCGGUUCAAGAAGGACAGGGAACUGCUGGAGAGGGUACAGCAGAGGACUAGAAAGAUGAUUAGGGGCCUGGAGCAUCUCUCUUA